AUGGCGUAUCGUAACCGUCAUACAAUCGCGUUGCAGAUUUCCAAGGCACUUGUCAACCUCCGAUUCCAGCACCCUGAAAUAGGAUGCUCGGUCGCCUGGACCACCGACCAAGACCCUCCCUUUAUCGUCUGUACCCCGCCAACCUCCAACGAAGCUGCCUUGGAAUGGGCCCGCAGGAUCGUUUCAGCAAUUACAACGGUCAGAACUGGGCUUGAAGUUGCCGCGGAAAUUUCGAAAGAGCGCCAAGAGAGACCAGAGCCACUACCCCCUGUCAAAGUCUAUGUCGUAGCUCAAAUGCUAGAAACAAGCACUCUACUUGAAGUUGACGCUCGAGUGGACGUUCUCUGUGCUUUCAAUCACAUUCACUGGGAUAGCAUUAGUUCGCGUAUAUUUGUCGGUGACUUACUGCGCGGCCUUGGUCAACAACUCAACGCAGGCGACCAGAAUGCAGCAGUCAGCACUCUCCAGCAUCCUUGGGGCAAGGAAAUUGUCAACCUCAACGAGCCGGUCCUUGAUGCAUGCAAAACUGGUGUCGAUGCACUGGAGGAAGACUAUGAAAAGACGCGAGAUGAAUUUAUCAUAGAGUUGCUCAAAAGUGCGAAUGACUGCUCGUUCCAUGUCAACCAAGUUUCUAUGGUCACUAAGGCUCUGAAGACAAGUUGGGGACUUCCUGUCACCAACACUGUAGGCACGCCUCGCACCAUUUGGGCCAGCUUUAGUGCAGAUCAGAGACAAGUCAUCGGGAAAGCCAUCAAGAGUCGGCUUGGACCGCAGUUCACCUUCACUCACCUCGGCCAUGCUGCCAUGGUGCUAGCGAUACUUCGAGUUCGCCCCUUGCUGCCUGAUGCCUCAGAUUCUCUAUUCCUUUCUUCGCCUUUGCCAGUCAACGGCAGGCGCUAUCUCACUAGUAGCGACGCGAGCAUUCGAUAUGGAUCGUGUCAGGCUGGCGCUUCUGUUGAAUUUGCGGCACUUCGAUCAUACGUCGUGGACGAAGAAGAUCCUGAAGCCAUCAAGGCAACUAUCAUGAGACUGGCUCGCCAUUUUAGAGACAGCUACGAGUAUUGGCUGAAGAACGAGUUCCAAUUGGUCAUUGACCAGCCCAAGAGCAACUUCUUGGCGAGCUUUUUAGCAUCGCUUGUUCGAAUGGACAGUUGGAAGGGUGAGACUGGUCUUUCCGUCUGCUUCAAUGAUGGACGUCUUGACGAGACACUCGCAAAAACGUUUCUGGAUGCUAUAGUCGAUUUCAUGAAGGUCUUCGCCAACUGA